UCUGGAUCCCGAUCCAGCGGCUCCAGCAGAGUUUGUGUGAUUCCGGUGCCCACCUGCUGCUCCCUCAUCACUUCAUUCUCCUGUGAUGAACUCUAAAGCUCCCCUCUCUGCACCUGCUGGACAGGAGCAGAUUCAUGCCCUAGAUAACAUCCAAGGAGACUAUUUAACAGCAGCACCAGUCUGGGAUGUGGACAGAUAGAAGAAAACUAUGUAAGAUCACUUUCUGUGAACUUACACAGCUUUGUCUCUUAAUUUUCUCUUUGUCGGUUUUCUAAGACCUAAGAGCUCGAUGUGUAAAGGACUCUCCUCCCUGCCCUCCUCAUGCCUGGAGAAGGCAAAAGAGAUGCGGGUGAUGUUCAGCCAUCUGGCUGAGACACACCACAAGCUAAAGGUUCAGGAUGGAAAAACUCUUCAGGACCUGGAAACUCUGCUAAACAGCAAAGGAGGUCUGCAGGCGUUUCGUGGGUUCCUGCGUUCAGAGUUCAGUGAGGAGAACCUGGAGUUCUGGCUGGCGUGUCAGAACUACGGGGUUUUGCCCUCAAACUUGCAAAAGACCAAGGCCAGCGGCAUCUACAGCCAGUUUAUCAACCCUGAUGCACCACAGGAGGUAAACCUGGACUCAGAGACCCGUGAAGCUCUGCUGAGUGUGAUGGACUCUCCAUGUGCUGACACGUUCAAGAAGGCACAGCAGACGAUCUACAACCUGAUGGCUAAAGACUCCUUCCCUCGCUUCCAGCGCUCUCACCACUGGGUAGAGGCCAUUAAGGCUUUUUAAAGAUUCACUGUUAACUAUUACAAACUUGCUUUAGAAAUAAGUGCUGCUGGACAUGUUGACUGUAUUUGAUCAUUAAUUUCAACAGGCAGCUUGUUGUGAUUGUUGUUCUUAUUAGUGUUGUAGUAACACACUGUUACAUUCAGGAAGUCUCUGUGGCAACACUGUGGUUAAUGUAAGCAGGGUUAAAAAACAGACACCUCAUAACUAUGACGCUGAAAUGUAGAUGUAACUAUAUUGUGCCUGUGGAUUACAUGAGGUUCAAGUGACACAAAGGAUUUUAAUAAAUCCCUUAUAAAAGUUUGGUAUU